AUGCCCCAGCCGAGCACAAUAAAAUCAGCGUACCAUAAGGCCCUUCUUGCUUCCCAUCCAGACAAACGAUCGUUCUCAUCCGCUAUACCACCCGUAGAUGUCGACAUCGCACUCCUCAAAGAAGCAUAUACCACCUUGUCAAACGUGUCCUCCCGCGUAGCCUACGAUAAUAUUCUUCGAAAUGCUCGAGUCAUCUCACUAGAGGAUUUCGAGGAGGCAGAAGAGGGUGUAUGGACACAUGCUUGUAGAUGUGGUGGGACAUACAGGAUCAUCGAAGAAGAUAUGGAUGCAGGAAGACACCUUGUCGGUUGUGAGAGUUGUUCCGAAGUUGUGUGGGUAGGAUAUGAGCUCGUCACUGACGAGCAUCGUGCUACCAAUGGCUAA